UUUCAAUCAGGGGAGCAGUGCCAUUGAGCAGAGGUGAACCCGAAAUGCUGACGCUCGUCCCGCCGGUGCUAAAUUAAUUGAUUGCUCGGUGCGUGUGUGUGUGCGUGUGUCCCGAGUGGUGUUCAAGUGAUGGCCCAAGUGCAGCGGUCGUAAUUCAGUUCGGCAAAAUGCCACCAAGGUGCGGAGCCCCCGUGCGCCUCAAGGACUGCGGACCCAACCGCCGCCGCCGCUCCGCCCGAGUCCAGGCAACACGAUAACAGCAGCAGCAGCAGAGCACCCCCAAAAGAGCAGCAGCCAUGGAUGCUGGAUGCUACGUGCCCAACAACCCCGCGCACUUCGGCCUGGAGGCGUGGCCAAGCGUGGUGGACCCCGCCGCCCCCGCCAACCCUGCCGCCUCCAAUGGAGUCGGCUCCGACAUGGCAGCGUUCGGAAUGCCGACUCUCGAUCUCGAGCCUCUUCCUAGUCUCUUCCCGUUCAGUCCCUGUUCUGGCACGUCCUACAAUGAGAUGGUGUUUUGCAGAGAGUUGAGCAUCAAAGAUCAGUCGAACAAGCCAGCAGGCGGCCACGACAUGGCAGACGUGUUGCUCUCGCUCAAACACGCCGUCGUGCACCCAGGCCAACUCGCCCCCGCCGGGUCCCUCUCGCCCAACUCGUUCGCUUCGCCCUACCCGUCCCUGCAGCAAACGUCGCACCAACUUCCGUCCGCGCAGCUCUCCUACACCGUGCACCCUCAUCACCAGGUAAAUCCAUACAUGAUGUCUCCAACCGGAGGCUACGGAAGCCAGUAUUGUACGAGUGACCCCACAGGGUACGGAAGUACCCCGCAGCAACAAAGCCAGAACACGCAACACUCAUCGGCCUCUAUGUUCCCCAGCAUGAGCGUAAACGUGUCCAUGAACAUGACCAUGGGAUACAACGUCCCUGACCACCAGAUGGCUGCUUGUCCACAGAUGCAGUGGGCGCCGAGCGGCUCUCCGGUGUACCACCAGCAGAGCCAGGGGCUGCUGAGCCCACAGGCGUACCCGCCGGCGGCCACGUACUCGUUCACGGCCGACUUCCGGCCAACGAGCGGCAGCGACGCAGCGUCGGCGGUGGCGGCGUCGUCGUUCAAGCCGGUGCUGAGCAAAGCGUCGCCGCUGAGCUUCGGCAACCGGCGGCGCAGCGGCGGCAGCACCAGCAGCUUCGGCAAGGCGGUGGGCUCUCCGCCCGGCGCGGGGUCUGACGCCAACGGGGUCGAGUGCGUCGGCGGCAACCCGCGGGCCAACCUGUGCCGCAUCUGCGGCAAGACGUACGCGCGGCCGAGCACACUCAAAACGCACCUGCGCACGCAUAGCGGCGAGAAGCCGUACCGCUGCGGCGAAUGCCACAAGUCGUUCAGCCAGGCUGCAAACCUGACGGCGCACGUACGCACACACUCGGGCGAGAAGCCGUUCCGCUGUCCCAUCUGCGACCGGCGCUUCUCGCAGAGCUCCUCCGUCACCACCCACAUGCGCACGCACAGCGGCGAGCGUCCCUACCGCUGCCGCAUGUGCAAGAAGGCCUUCUCCGACUCGUCCACGCUGACCAAGCACCUGCGCAUCCACUCGGGCGAAAAGCCCUAUCAGUGCAAGCUCUGCCUGCUGCGCUUCUCCCAGUCUGGCAACCUCAACAGGCACAUGCGCGUCCACGGCAACGCGGCUGCGUGACGCCACUGGACGCUCCUCUGCGCUACGCACCAGCCGCAGCCCCCGGAACAGCGCCGCUACCUGCACUGACUCUGAACUUUUCUUGUGCCACAAUCGUGGACGCGAUCCAAAGUGUGCGUGUGCGGUGUCUGCCCUGAAUAACAGUGCCGGACGCUUCCUGCGUUACGUUUGAAUCAUCGUUGACGUUGCAGCUUCCAAUCAUUCAAAAUGAGCUCGUCCACGUGCUCUUUCAGUUCGUUAGCGCCAAUCAGUAGCUAAUUUAUUUAAAAAAUUGUCUAAUGAUCCUGACAAGUCAACCUGUGUGAGGAUGGUAUUAUAUAAAGGGUGAAUUUUGGAAUCACCUAGUUUUUCCAGCUAAUGUUUUACAGCUUAUUUGUAAAAAAAAUUAAUAAUAAUAUCUCCAGAAAACGCAUAGAGUUAUACAUAUAGUUAUAUUUUUUCUUGCGAGCUUUCUCAAUUUAUUUAUUAUUUACCAUCUCCCUCCAGUCCUAGUAAUAGUUUUUUUUUUAAGUUGAUUUCUAUUCUGCUGAAAAAAACCAUCAAUCACGGAAAAAGCACGUGGGCGAGUUAUUUUACUUUAGUGGAAGAACCUGCGACAAGUCUGAAUUUCCCAACUCAAGAAUGCGAUCUCAAAUUAUGACCUUAAGAGCGGACAAUUUGCCAUUUUGGACCCCUUUCCUCACACAAGUUUUCGAUUCCGCAACUAUUCAUCUUCGAAAUACGUGGGUCAAAGAUUGCACUGUCUUGUGAGCACCAUUCAAGUGUGCUGAACUUGCAAUUUCAGAUUGAAAAAUUGCCAACAUGCUACAAUUUGCGUAAGCACUUUUUUGCAACGAGUCGUCGUCUCUACAAAAUUUGAUUAUUAUUAGACCCAAAAUCUGUGAGAGGGUUAAUUUUGUCGGUGACACAGGUCUCAAAAAACCAAAGACUCGUGUUAAAGUGAAGUUCAUCUCUAUACAAUCAAUUUUUUAAACGUCCUAUGUGUUGAGCACCAUUGGAGUUAUUUCUUCAUGUAUUUGAGCAUCGUGGUAGUGAUUUUUUAUUUAAGAUUUUAACCAAAAAAUUUCCAAUUCAUCAAACACUCAUGCAAAAUUCACUAGAAGGCAAACAAAACACACUUCUUAAAGAGCUAUCAGGGCUAUAAAAAUUAAUAUUUUAUUUUGGCAAGAGAACAAGUGAAAAAGAUUAUUUAAUUUUUUAAGGUUAACUUUAAAAUCCGCGUUUAAUUUCAAAAUUAAGAAUUGUUCAGCCGGAUUGGUUUUAAGACUUUACAAAUUGAAAUUCGGAAAUAAUAAAUCGAUUUCGGCCACUCAAGUUUCCAGAUUUCUUCAAAGCACUCGUAUUGAAAAUAUUGCUCAAAUCUAAAAUAACGGCAAUUUUAAUGUUUUGAAUAAAAAAAUAUGCAGUGAGGUGAAACAAUUUUUCAUACCAAAAUAAGUCAGGGGGAUUAACCUUGCAACCAUGAAUUAGACAGGCCAAAUAUCACACUUUUUUGCUAGUGUAGACUUGUAGCUACACCAAAUGCAGCGAAAUUACAGAGAGAUUCCCUUCAAUGCAACAGAAAAAAAGUUUCGUCGAAAUCCGAGCCUCACGUUCAAUUAAGUGGCAUCAAAAUUAGCAUUUAAUCAACAGCAACUGUGCGAGUAAUUGACACGGGCGAAGCUGUGAGUUUGGUAAUUAGCUGAGGCAACGGAGCCACACAGAGAGCAACGAAUUGAGAUCAAAAUGAUAAAAACGCGCUUCAUCGACACUGCUUGAAAUUAAUUUUAUCUGCUCAGCACGUUAAGAGUUGAAAAUGUGGGGCGACUUGACGUGUGUAUUAUUGUAUCAUAAGCGUGCGACUCAGACAUGUGAACAAAUGUUAAGAGGCCACAAACACAGCAAGAUAAUGAGAUCUCAUUACCAUUGAUAGUAUUUAUGUAUUAUUUAUUACGACGUAUUAGAAGGUUAGAAAAUUCAUUUGUCGCACUUUGGAUGUAGAUCACUGUGCGAAGAAGUAAAUGUCCAAGUCACUAGUUGUUAAGAAAGCUCAUUCGGUAACUUUGUUACGUUACUGUUGCACCUUCUAAAGGGUCGAAUAAGAAAGAUAAUUGUAAAAAAUAAAAUAUUGAGCACUUUCAGUGGGUAACAAUCAAGACAGAGGGAUGAGGAUCGAUUAGCUGGUUUUCCCUUGCGUUUAAAUCACAUGAAACAAAAUUUGCAGUGAACAAAUUUGUUCUUUCGUUUCCUGCUGGUGCAAAUUUAAGCCUUCAACAAACUACUUCUGAUAAGAAAUUUCACUUAACUAAUGAAAUUACACAUAAAAUAUUUCAUGAUUCAAGACAAUUUGUUUGACCAUUAUCUUGAUUGUUCCACUUAGGAAGUGAAGAAAAAUGAGAACAAUAUUGAUUGUGUUGCAAGUUUACAUUGCAUCAGAUCACUCAGUCGGUUCUAGUUAUCGAUUUGACUUAAAUUUGUUUACACCGCACUGAUUCUCAACACGUUUAGUGCGACUUUGCGUGACAUUUGAAAGCACUACUUAUUGUAAAAUAAAUAGUAAAGCUAAAAGACAGUUGGUUUGAUUCGUAAUAAAAAUCCCGAUUAUUUGCACUUUUUUAUUUUGUCAAAAAAUCUAUACAGAAACUUCCUAAAUAAACAAAAAUAAAACAUGAUGAGAGAUACUUUGCUGGGUAGGUUGCCAAUCGCGUAACAAUUUCGUCGGAUUAUUCAGAGGUCCACACUUUAUACACAUGAUUAAUCAACAGCGAAUAUUUUUGUUUGGCUAAUUUGCGUGAUGAAAUUGGUUCCCUUGCAUCUUCGCUUUGACAAGUUUGUCGAUUUUAAAAAAUAAAUAGAAAAAUAUCGUGUGUGUUCGUGUGUAAGUGUAUGCGUGUGUCAUCACUAGUACAACAAGGGUUCAAAGUGGAACAAGGGACGAAAUCCAACGUGAACCUACAAAUGAACCGAAAGAGCGGCGAAAUUAUAAAUGCAAAGUUAAAAACGCACGCGACCAAACUGGUUUAGCCGCGCCAAAAGGCCCAACCGCGCAAAUCAAGUCUCAAAAUACGGCCCCCCAAUUGCUGCAAAACAACGCUUGGACAAAUAAAUUUAAGGGUAAACAAAGUACUUUGACUUUGACCAGGGUGAACCCUGUCUGUCCAAGUCAGGGCCGCAGCAUUCGGAAAAAACAGAGAUUCUCCACAACACAGCUCAAAGGCUGGUCUAUUUUACAAAACAAUUUAGUUGCAGCUAAUGCUCAGAUAUUCGCGCUGCAGUCAUUAAAAAAUCUAAUCUUACAAUUUGAUCGUUGAAAAUCGCAUCUGCGUGAAGCUGAGAGGUUUCAAAAGUAUUCAAGUGUUAGGAUCGGAUAGAUGCCUUCCGCCAGCUAAUUUAAAAGUUUCGGACAUUAUUUACUCGGAUCGACUGCCAAAAUGAAUAAAAAAAGACACUGCGUGCUACCGCCUGGGCAAAUUGGAAAGUCGUAGCAAGCCAUGCGCGAUUUUGGCAGGCAAUCUUAGUGUUCACGGGAAUAAUUGUCCUGCUCUAAUAAGUAGUGUUUGUUUAAUACUGUAGCAGGCCAAAACAAAACAA